GGGGUGGUGAGCGGCUUCCGGCGGCGUGGUCCGAGAACUCGGGGGUCGCGGAGUGCUGGAGGCUGGGGCGUUUGUAGCGGCGGCGGUAACCAGGCAGCUGGCAGGUGGGAAAAGAGGCCUGCCUUCGUCCUGCGCCGGGUCGAACCUCGGGCUGGCUCCAUCGCGAGCCACCUCGCUGCCUCUGCCUGGCCUUCCGCCCUCCCCAAGACUCUUGACCGCGGAUCCCGCCGGGUGGGAGCAGGAAGAGGGACUCUCUUAGGGACCUGAGAAACAUUGCCAAAAUGUCUGACAUUCAAGAAGCUACUAACAAACUUCUGGAUGUGAACCUUCAUGAGAACCAGAAAUCUGUACCAGUGACAAAAGAAAAUGGCACAAAAAAUGAGUCUGAGCAUCUUCACAUCACUAUUGGGGCCACUGUCCCCACUGGCUUUGAGCAAACAGCUGCAGGUGAAAUCAAAGAGAAAUUGGGGUCAUCAUGCAAAAUCAGCAAAGAUCGGGGCAAGAUAUACUUUGACAUUUCAGUGGAAAGUCUGGCGCAGGUUCAUUGUCUGAGAUCAGUUGAUAACUUAUUUGUGGUUGUUGAGGAGUUUAAAGAUUUCCAGUUCAAACAAACAAAGGAAGAAGCACUGAAAGAUUUUGAAGACUUGGCUGGAAAACUCCCAUGGUCAGAUCCUUUAAAAGUAUGGGAAAUUAAUACCUGUUUCAAGAAAAAAAAAACAAAGCGCAAAAAGAUGAGUCAGAAUUCAAAUAAAGAAAAAAUUGAUAACGGACAAGGAGACAAAUUAGAUGGAAGAGAUAUUAGAGGGUUUACUGAUAGUGCUUUAGAUUCUCAUAUCUUAGACUAUUAUGAAAAUCCAGCCAUCAAAGAGGAGAUCUCAACAUUAGUAGGUGAUGACCUGGCAUCUUCCAAAGAUGAGACUGAUGAACAUUUGAAAGAAGAAACUGCACCUCAGGUGCUAAAGUUUCGAGUCACGUGCAACAGGGCAGGAGAAAAACAUUGCUUCACCUCAAAUGAGGCUGCAAGAGACUUUGGGGGAGCUGUUCAAGACCAUUUCAAGUGGAAGGCUGACAUGACCAACUUUGAUGUGGAGGUUCUCUUGAAUAUCCAUGAUAAUGAAGUGGUUGUAGGUAUUGCAUUGACUGAGGAGAGCCUACACCGCAGAAAUAUUACAAAUUUUGGACCAACAACUCUUAGAUCAACUCUUGCUUAUGGGAUGCUCAGGCUCUGUGCACCUCAACCUACUGAUAUAAUAGUUGAUCCAAUGUGUGGAACAGGGGCAAUACCAAUAGAGGGGGCUACUGAAUGGUCUAACUGUUAUCAUAUUGCUGGUGAUAAUAGUCCACUGGCUGUGAAAAGGGCAGCCAAUAAUAUCUCAUCUUUAUUGACCAAGAGCCAAGUUAAAGAAAGCAAAUCCUCCUGGGGAUUACCUAUUGAUGCUGUUCAGUGGGAUAGCUGCAAUCUUCCACUGAGAACUGGCUCUGUGGAUAUCAUUGUUACAGAUAUGCCAUUUGGAAAAAGGAUGGGCUCCAAAAAGAGAAACUGGAAUCUUUAUCCAGCUUGCCUGAGGGAGAUGAGCCGUGUCUGUAGACCUGGAACAGGCCGAGCCGUACUCCUUACCCAGGACAAGAAGUGCUUUGCCAAGGCAUUAUCUGGAAUGGGACAUGUGUGGCGAAAGGUCCAUACGGUCUGGGUGAAUAUUGGGGGUCUUCAUGCUGCAGUUUAUCUUCUGAAACGAACACCUCAAGCUUUUGUUCAUUCUUCAGAUCAAGAAGGAGAAAGAGGGACACCUUGGUAAUACAAAGAAUGAUGAUUUAACCCACACUUCAGGAUGAACUGGAUAUAAGGCAUUUAUAAAAGUUCCAUGUCCUGUAUCAGAAUCCACAGCUGCAUUCAUUGUAAUAACUUUUUACCUAUGACACAUGAAACCUUUUAAACCUCAAAUUAAGUAAGGGGCUGGUGAGCUGUCCGCAGAACCCAAAGUACAAGGACCAUUCCUACCAAGUGCCUACAGGUAGGUACACAGUACCACCACACAGUAGGCAUUCAGUAUUUGCUGAACCAGUGAAUUAUUAAUGUUUUUACAUUUUAUCAGGGAUGUUUUUAUAGAACUACAUCAAUUUUGUGCUUCAGUCAUUAUAGCUUUAAUUCUAUUAAAUACUGCAAUGAAAACAUUGACAGACUGAUUUAAGAUGGUGAUUAUAGGUAGUAGGCAUCUCCUUCCCACUAUCUUUUGCUGAUAGGGCGACCAGAAUAGGAAAUGGGCUAUGAGCAAGAUUUAGAAGACCUGCACUUGAGUUACAGAUUUUUAACCAUGGAAAUGGGUCUCCUGGGUAACAUGAAAAGAUAGGAAAGAGAAUUGGUUAUUGGGAAUGAGUCAGUAUAUUUUGGAGGGUAAAAAUGCUAAAAAUUAGGAAAAAUUUUAUCAAUCUAACAAGAGGAGUUAUUUCUAGAUAACUGCACUGGAAUAGUUAAAAAGAGGAUUGGUUUCUUUUAAAAUGAUAGGCUUUCAGAAAACUCUGCCUAAACUAGACUCUGACACAUUAAUGGCUCAGGUGUCCACUGCAUGGACCAAAACAUAUUUAAGACUGAUAAAAAUAUAUUUAUUUUGAAGUACCCAAAGUACAGUAAAGCAUGUGAGUGCUUAAUAGGCAUACAAAAUGGAAAUACCAAUCGUCAGGGUAACAUUUUCCAAGAAGUUUUAAGGUGUCAUGUGUGAAGCUCAGUGGCAGAAUGGUCAACGUUUGAAAAUUCUACCCAAUGUAGCUACUGGACUUUGGUUAUUUUGUCUUGUUUUGUUUUGAAGUUUAGAAGAAACACCAGUCUGCAUACCAAAAGUUCAUUUAUUUUGUUUUGUUAAGGUCUCACUCUGUAAUUCAAACUGGCC